GAUAGCCUCUUAUUUGUGAGAAUUCGACUCUCGCUUAAUAGAAGCUAGAAGCGUGUAGCUACUAGCUGAUGCGCCAUUAGCGUACCACGUUCAGGGAGCUCUACCACUACGCCUGCGGCAGGGUUGCCACCACUCAUGGACUCUGCGAGUCGCCCUGCUUUUGAAGGGCUUCCCGCGGCGAUUCCCAACAAUAACAACUAUCAAAUCACCCCAACUUCCGCUACGUUGGCCCAGUCUAACACCCAAGACGUAAUGGACACCACGAUUUCUGACGUGCCGCGUCCGACAUACCAACAAGAAGUCGCGAGUCUGUCUGGGGCUCCAAACGCCUUCUCAUCCAAUGCUAUAUCGAGCCAGACAGAUUCUUUCCCUUCACAGCAACCACCACCGAGGUCCAAUUUUUCAUACUUGAGCAAUGGCAUCAUCACCAUGCCCCGCUACACACCGAACCAGUACUAUGGGGAACCGAGCAAUAUCGGUCAUCAACUGGAUUACAUUCCUGGUGGAGGUCGAGGUCGCUCAUUCGCGUACCCUCAUGCACGAACACUCUCACUUUCACAGAACCAACACAGCGGCCUUCCUGCCUACCCCCAGCGGGACCCGCGCUCAAGCAACACCCAGCCGACAAUGUCCAGGACGAUGCCGGGAUCAGUGUCUGGCGUUUCACCGGGCGACGGUUCACCGAAUACCCCCGAUUUGACCUCAUCCACUGCAGUAGUUCCGCCAGCACUUCGACCUCGAGGUUACGUGCCCCCAUCAGCGAGGACACAGCAAGGAACACAGCAAGGAACACAGCACCCGGCCCCUACUGCUGCUUCUCCAGUGCCAACGUCGUCAAGUUAUUAUCAGCAGUCGCAAGCUCAACAACAUUCGCAUACGGCUGGUCCAUUCUCUCAUCUGCCACCACAUCCUGAAGAAUUCGACGAUGGCGCCUAUAUUACUCCGCUAGUUACGACGCCCGCCCAGUCAUCGUCGGCCAACUUUGUGACAACUGGCACGCCGCCUUCACGCUCGAUGAAUGCGGGAAACUCCAGAUAUGGGCGCCCCCUUCCGCAACGGCUAGAACUUGCUCGGCGAGCACAUUUACUUGGCCAUCAUUACAACCCACAGGCUGCGCAGGCCAUUGUGGAGGCUCAUAUGCAGCUGCAGCGCCAACGCCAGCGUCAGCGCCAGGGGCUCGGUACCCACCCCACGAAGCCAUCCGCAAGUCUUGAUAAUGCGAAAGACGGCCGCCCCGAACCAAAGGAGGCGCAUGAAAUGCGAGUGUCGCUCGAAUGCAAGGUUUGCUUCACCCAACUCGUUGAUACGGUACUGCUUCCUUGCGGCCAUGCUGUCCUCUGUCGGUGGUGCGCCGAGAUUCAGAUCCCCAACAGCAUUCUGGAACGAGGCUUGCUUGGGGGUCAGCCCCCGUGUGUGAUAUGCCGAGCGCCUGUGAAGCAAAAGGUAAAGGCCGAUGUUGGAGACUUCCCUGGAUCAUUGACCAUCGCUCACACUGACUUGGGGACACAGGUGCGGAUUUUUCUUUCUUGACAGAUGCAGUGCUAUGGACACCCUCCAUGUAUCGAUACAUAUCACUGGUUAGCUGCUACUUACCAUCUUGGCCUGAAUGGGAGAGAGGGAGAGAGAGA